GGCAAUUUAGUAGACCCUCAAAGGCUGGUAAUCUGCAGUACAGCCAGCCAAGGCCAAUUCCUUGUUUCUAUAUCAUAAACCGGCUCCAAUCGCAUCUCUCUGAGUUGCUCUUAUGCGCAUCAGCCUCUCUCAUCAAAGUACUCAUAUAUUCAAUUGGCCAUUCCAGGGAAAUGGCACCGACACUUUCGAUGCAGGCAGGCGCGGACAUGGAGUCCUCGUUCAAUGAUUUACAUGGACUGCCAGUAUACGAAUAUAAACCUCUUCAUUCGAUGCGGCGACGCAUCAGACUUCUUCGGCUUGUGCCUGGCGGUCUGAACAACCCGGAGAUCACCUGCGAGCUCUUCGAGGUUGAAUAUGAUCAAAACAACAUAAUUCGAAAGGUUGGCACAGGAUCGAACAAAUUUAAAGAUCGAUCGGAGAAUGGAGGCCAAGAUGAAAAUGAGAGCAUGUUGUAUGAUGAUGAUGUUGUUGAGUAUGAAGCAUUGUCAUGGUGUUGGGGUAUGGAGAGCAAGGACUGCGGCAUCAGGAUCAUCACCGGCAGCACCAGCAGCAUCGGUACUGAGCAUCAUCGCUUGGCAAUCACCCGUGAACUCAUACUUGCUCUCAAAUAUUUGCGGCACCCCAGGGACAGUCGAUUCUUGUGGAUCGACGCUUUGUGGAUCGACCAAGCGAAUCACGAAGAGCGCAACCAUCAAGUGCAAAUGAUGUCGCGGAUCUACAACUGCUCAAAGCAGGUUUGCGUAUGGCUAGGUGAGAACAAUGACGACAGUGCCACAGCUAUCUCAUUUAUCUCUGAAAUUAUGAAGCUGGAGAACUUCGACUCUAUCUCGGAAAAGAGGGAAAAUGCGCCGAAGUGGCAGUCCCUGUUGCUUCUCAUGCAGCGCCCUUGGUUUUCGCGGCGAUGGGUUGUCCAGGAAAUUGCUCUGGCUCGUGCGGCUACUGUAUACUGUGGCAGCGACCAGAUAUCAUGGGAGCACUUUGCUGUCGCGGUAGAGCUCUUUGUGGAAGUCGAGACGGCAACACACCGACUGUCUGAAGUCAUGCAAAAAGAUGAGGCAUUUGGACAUGUGCCACGAUGGUUCGAGCACGUCUCUGAGUUGGGGGCCAGUGUUCUCGUCCAAGCUACGGGAAAGGUGUUCCGACAGGAUGGGACAUAUGCUGCACAGCUGAAGAGACAUAUGAUCGAGGGCUCGCGAUUCAACGCCAAAGCGAAAGCGAAUUUGAGUCCGAAAAUGACAAAGGGGCAGAAAAAAACAACCAAGCCCAAGCCACUUGAGUAUACCACACAGCGACCACUUCUCAGCCUCGAGUAUCUGGUAUCCAGCCUGUCGGUAUUUGAGGCUUCGCAGCCCCGAGACGCGGUGUACUCGUUGCUGGCAAUUGCUCGAGACACCUCGCCAUUUGCAGAGUUGCGAACUGUCUCCCUGGAUGGGUCUGAGGAGGCUACAAUAAUGUCCACGGUCUCGAGCUUUCUGGAACGGAAACCUUUCAGAGUCGACUAUAGCCGCCCAUACAGCGACGUCUGUAAGGACUUUGUGUCAUUCUGCAUUCAGGGCGCAAAAGGAUCAGAUGGUACACGCGCACUGGAUAUUCUGUGUCGGCCAUGGGCCCCUGAUCCGAUAGUGACAUCUACCACCAAUGUACCCCACAAGAAGCCAGUUUUGUACAAGUUUCAAGAGAAUCGCGAAGCUCUACAUGGAAAGUGGGAGCGCUCGAGAAAGCUGAAAAAUGGACAGGAAGACACAAAGGAUAUGGAAAAGUAUUUCAAUGAUGCCCAGAAAUGGCUUGACGAAAACAAGCCAAAACGGAGAGGCCCAAGGGCCCAAAAGAACACAGAAAAGACCCCAACCGUUUCACCAGCGACGUCGACGAAGCAGAAGAGGGGGAGGGGCGGGGGGGAAGAGGACCUCCAUCUUCCAUCCUGGGUGUCCCGUAUUUCGGGCGCUUCUUUUGCUUUAUACCACCAUGCUGGAAGCAUGAGGAGGAUGGGAAGACGAAACGCGGAUCCUCUAGUGGGCUUACCACUUGACGGCCAUCGCAACUACAGCGCUGUGCAGAACACCAAGGUCGACCUACGAUCAGAGAAUUGUCUUAGGUUCCGCAAGAGGCCCAAAGUAGGCCAUGGACACUACAGUCUCUACACCAAAGGAUUUGUUCUGGCAGAAAUCGACGAGGUAAAUGCGCCAUCUAGGGGCGGACAGAUACCUGAGACAUGGGCGCAGAUGGCUGGCUGGGAAGACGCUGUGGAUGGCGAAAGUGAUCCCCCGGCAGAAUUUUGGAGAACGCUAGUGGCCGAUCGAGGAAAAGACAAUCGUAACCCGCCCUACUAUUACGCGACUGCGUGUAAGGAGUCGGUGAAGAAGGGCGGACUUCGCGGCGGAUCCGUGGACACAGGGGCGCUUAUAAAUAGCGAGAGGAACUCCAUUGUUGCGGAGUUUUGUCGUCGAGUGCAGGCUGUAAUAUGGAAUCGUUGCUUGAUAAAGGUCACCACCAAGACAAUCGGGUCUGGUGACAACGAAUUAAAGAUACUCGGUUUGGCAAACCAGAAUGUCAAACCGAAGGACUUUGUCUGCAUCAUGGAUGGUUGCUCCGUCCCUGUCAUUCUCAGGAGAGGCAAAAAGAAGAAUCCCGACGACCUGGAAAAAGAGUGCAUGCAAGAUGCAGUCGAGGCAAUGAAAUCUGCAAUGUCAAUUUGUGAGGAAGCAUGCUUCCGCAAAUUGCGAUACAAGAAGAAAUUGAAUCAGAUCAAGAGAGAUGAGGGCCAAGAAUCGAUGGAUCUCUGGAAAAAAGAAGUAGAAGAAGAGAAAGCAGCACUUGAUCGUCAAAUUUCACAAUGGAAAGAGAAGCAAGCGGCAGAAAAGAAGAAGAGGACAAGAAAGAGCGCAAAGCGGAAGCGAAUGAUGAAGACGAAGAACGAAGACAAAGGAAAAGCUCCAGAAGUACCAGCUGGAGAGAACCAGAGUGAAGAAUUGACUGAGCAAGCCACGAGUCGAGGCGACUCUGAGGAUGCUGUAGAAAAGAACACGGAGGAAGUGGCACAAGAGAAGAGCCCAGAAGAGUUGGCGCGAGAGAAGGCGGAGAAAGAGGGGCAGGCACGUAAGAAUGCAAAGAAGCAGGCAAAGGAGGAUGAUCCGUAUUUUUACUACACUUUCAUGGGUGAAGCGUAUAUCCACGGGAUGAUGGAUGGGGAAGCCGUGCGGCUGCACAUCACCGAAGGGCUACCUGAUCGGGUUUUUGAGAUCCGCUAAUCGUCCCCUGAUUUACUUUACUCUUUUUCUCGCUUAAUAUCUCAUAAUAUUUUGUGUUUCUAGUUGUUUCUGUUGAGGAAAUUUGACACUAACUACUAAAUUUGGUCACUGGACUGUAUCGUACGAAAAGCAAGGGGUAUCCCAGGAUAAAACGUUUGG